AUGCCUGCCAAACGACACGCGGCCUCAACUAACACCUCCGCGGCCGUACCCGUUACGCCCGCAACGCUCUCCUCUGGCCCGACCACAUUGAAGACCAAUGCCUCAGCAGUGGCCAUUGCCCAGAAUGUCUGGGAACAAUAUGUGGCGACGACCCCCCAACGUACAUUACUCUUGGAUGCGUUCAUGGCCUUUCUCGUCCUAGUCGGCGGCCUGCAGUUCUUGUACUGCGUUCUGGCUGGAAACUAUCCCUUCAACGCUUUCCUGAGUGGCUUCAGCGCAGCCGUGGGCCAGUUCGUGCUCACAGCCAGUCUCCGAAUGCAAACAAGUGACAGCGGGUCAACCCUGUCUAGUAAGCCCAGCUCCAAGGGGAAAAAUGCCCGAUUCGCAAAUGAAGACAAUGAGGGACAGGGCUCUGGCAUCUCGCACGAAAGGGCCUUUGCCGAUUACAUUUUCGGAAGCUUGAUCCUACACUUCUUCUGCGUCAACUUCAUCAACUAA